UGCGCCCGCCGUCUCACACCCUACCGCCCCCACCAGCAACGCCGGUAUUCCUCCUUCUCCACAUCAUGUUUACAGUCUCCAAAGGCAAGGCCAGUAGCUGUUUGUAAAAGCCACCUCUGUCUCGCUGGACAUGUUGGCCGCUGGCGGUUUUUUCACCAUCAUCGAGGCCCGGAGCAGACCUUGGGGCCGGCGGAAUUGCUGAGUCAAAGGGCGGGCAAGAUACGGCGGCUUAAAAAAAAAAAAAAAAGGAUCCGCUCGGCAACCUCACACAACCCGCCUCAGGUAUGCAUUCUUUCACCUAAGGAGGAAGCAAGAAGUAGCCGAAAACCUGGCCCAAGGUCAAAGUAAUUAGGAGCGGUCCAAUUCAAAAGGCGCGCGGGCUCCUCACGCUGCGGCUAGGGAAAGAAUUUGCGGUUUAGGCAAUUUUUUUUUUUUUAAUUUUUUGGCGUGUGCCAGUGGGGGAGGGGCCGGGCGGCAGGGAAGGAAACUUGUGUCGCAGCAAAGAAGGUGGAGAAGGGAGGAGGAGGAGGGGAGGAACCCCAGUCAGGCUAGAGCCAGCCGCGGCGAGAACGGCUGAGCUCGGGGCUCGCAGGGCGUCCUCCCGCUCCUCCUCGCCAGCCCCGGGAGCCGUUCUUCCGAGCCCCUCGGAGGCUGUGACCUCCAGGGAGGUCCCUCCGGGGGGGACGGGGGUCGCGCGUCCAUCAUCGGGACGGUUGCCAAGGACCUGCCUCCGUCGGCUGGGGUCCAGUUGCUAAGGGCCUCCAUCUUGGGACGGGAGUCCGCGGCGCUCCCGGAAGGGGUUGCGGAGCGGGGCAUUCACUUCCGGUGUGGGGCCUGCGGCGGCGGCGGCGGCGGCGGCGGCGGCGGCGGUGGUGGCGGCGGCAGCGGCGGCGGCGGCGGCGGCGGCAGCGGCAGCGGGUCGGUGUAAGAAAAUGGCGCUGGUGCAGCGGCUCGGGCCUCUCCCCGCGGCGCUGCGGAGGGCUUGAGGCUCGCGAGCCUCCUUCCCCGCGCCCCCCUUGCUCGUGCACUUUACACACAUGAGAGAAUUGGAAGCUAAAGCUACCAAAGACGUAGAAAGAAAUCUUAGCAGGGAUUUAGUGCAAGAAGAAGAACAGUUGAUGGAAGAAAAGAAAAAGAAAAAAGACGACAAGAAAAAGAAGGAAGCUGCUCAAAAGAAGGCCACUGAACAAAAAAUCAAAGUGCCAGAACAGAUAAAGCCCAGUGUAAGCCAGCCUCAGCCUGCCAACUCUAGUAACGGCACUUCCACAGCAACCAGCACUAAUAAUAAUGCCAAGCGAGCUACAGCCAACAAUCAGCAGCAGCCGCAGCCGCAACAGCCACAGCCGCAGCCGCAGCAGCUACAACAGCCACAGCCGCAGCCUCAGCAGCAGCAGCCGCAGCAGCAGCCACAGCAGCCGCAGCAGCAGCCGCCACCACAGGCCUUGCCUCGGUAUCCUCGCGAAGUACCUCCACGAUUUCGCCACCAGGAACAUAAACAGCUUCUAAAGAGGGGUCAGCAUUUUCCAGUCAUAGCAGCCAACCUGGGAUCUGCUGUUAAGGUGUUAAGCAGCCAGUCAGAAAGCAGUGCUUUAACCAGUCCACAGCCACAGAGUAACGGAGAGGUGCAGAGCAGCAGAAACCAGUCAGAUAUCAACCACGACACUUCAGGAUCCCAGUAUGAAAAUUCCCAGCGGGGACCUCUGUCUUCUGCAAGUGACUCUAGCACAAACUGUAAGGAUGCUGUUGUAAACGACUUGUCAGACAAAGAAGCAUGGCCCUCCGUCUCUGGCAGUGAUCCCGAGUUGGCUUCAGCAUGCAUGGAUGCUGCUUCUGCCUCCAGUUCUGAAUCCGAGAGAAACAUCACUAUCAUGGCUUCAGGGGGCACAGGUGGUGAGAAAGAUGGCCUCCGGAAUAGCGCUGGACUUGGUUCUCAAAACAAGUUUGUGGUUGGUGGCAGCAGCGGCGGCAGCAGCAGCAAUAAUGCAGGCCACGGAAGUAGUACUGGGCCGUGGGGCUUUCCCCAUGGAGCCAUAAUAAGCACAUGUCAGGUCUCUGUGGAUGCUACUGAAAGCAAGUCUGAAAGUAGCAACAAUAGAAUGAAUGCUUGGGGCACUGUAAGUUCUUCAUCAAAUGGAGGGUUAAAUCCAAGCACUUUGAAUUCAGCUAGCAACCAUGGUGCCUGGCCAGUAUUAGAGAACAAUGGACUUGCCCUAAAAGGGCCUGUAGGGAGCGGUAGUUCUGGCAUCAAUAUUCAGUGCAGUACCAUAGGCCAGAUGCCUAACAAUCAGAGUAUUAACUCUAAAUCGAGUGGUUCUUCUACCCAUGGUACCUGGGGAAGCCUUCAGGAAACUUGUGAAACUGAAGUAAGUGGUACACAGAAGGUUUCAUUCAGUGGUCAACCUCAAAAUAUUACCACUGAAAUGACUGGACCAAAUAACACUACUAACUUUAUGACCUCUAGUUUACCAAACUCUGGUUCAGUACAGAAUAAUGAACUGCCUAGUAGUAAUACAGGGGCCUGGCGCGUGAGCACAAUGAAUCAUCCUCAGAUACAGGCUCCGUCAGUUAUGAAUGGCACUUCCCUGUCUCAUCUUAGCAAUGGAGAGUCCAAAAGUGGAGGCUCUUACGGUACUACAUGGGGUGCCUAUGGUUCUAAUUACUCUGGAGACAAAUGUUCAGGCCCUCACGGCCAAGCUAAUGGUGACACUGUGAAUGCAACUCCAAUGCAGCCUGGCAUGAAUGGGCCCAUGGGCACCAACUUUCAAGUUAACACAAAUAAAGGAGGAGGAGCGUGGGAGUCUGGGGCAGCGAAUUCCCAGAGCACAUCCUGGGGAAGUGGAAAUGGUGCGAAUUCUGGAGGAAGUCGAAGAGGAUGGGGAACCCCUGCACAGAAUACCGGCACUAACAUACCCAGUGUUGAGUGGAACAAACUGCCUAGCAAUCAGCAUUCCAAUGACAGUGCAAAUGGCAACGGUAAGAAGUUUACAAAUGGAUGGAAAUCUACUGAGGAAGAGGAUCAGGGUUCUGCCACAUCUCAGACGAGUGAGCAAAACACUGUCUGGGCCAAAACAGGAGGUACAGUACAGAGCGACGGUAGUACAGAAAGCACUGGACGCCUUGAAGAGAAAGUAACUGGGGAAAGUCAGAGUAGAGACCGAAGGAAAAUGGAUCAGCACACCUUACUCCAAAGCAUUGUAAACAGAACUGACUUAGAUCCACGUGUCCUGUCCAACUCCGGUUGGGGACAAACACCUAUUAAGCAGAAUACUGCCUGGGAUACUGAAACAUCACCCAGAGGGGAAAGAAAGACUGACAAUGGGACAGAGGCCUGGGGAAGCUCUGCAACACAGACUUUUAACUCAGGGGCAUGUAUAGAUAAGACUAGCCCUAAUAGUAACGAUACCUCAUCUGUAUCGGGCUGGGGCGAUCCCAAACCUGCCCUGCGGUGGGGAGAUUCCAAAGGCUCAAACUGCCAAGGGGGGUGGGAGGACGAUUCGUCUGCUGCUACAGGAAUGAUCAAGAGCAAUCAGUGGGGGAACUGCAAAGAAGAGAAGUCCGCCUGGAAUGAUUCGCAAAAGAACAAACAGGGAUGGGGUGAUGGACAAAAAUCCAACCAAGGUUGGUCUGUUUCUGCCGGUGAUAACUGGGGAGAAACUUGUAGGAGUAACCACUGGGGAGAGGCCAAUAAGAAAUCCAGCUCAGGAGGGAGUGACAGUGACAGGUCCGUCUCUGGUUGGAACGAACUGGGUAAAACAAGUUCUUUCACUUGGGGAAAUAACAUAAAUCCAAAUAACUCGUCAGGAUGGGAUGAAUCUUGUAAACCUAGUCCCUCCCCUGGGUGGGGAGACCCUCCAAAGUCUGCUCAGUCUCUAGGUUGGGGAGAUUCAUCCAAGCCAGUCACUUCUCCCGACUGGAACAAGCAACAAGACCUUGUUGGCUCCUGGGGCAUCCCGCCAGCCCCCAGCAAGCCACCUGGGACAGGCUGGCUGGGGGGACCCAUCCCGGCUCCAGCAAAAGAAGAAGAGCCCACGGGCUGGGAGGAACCCUCCCCAGAAUCUAUACGACGCAAAAUGGAGAUCGACGAUGGAACUUCGGCCUGGGGAGACCCAAGCAAGUACAACUACAAAAAUGUGAACAUGUGGAACAAAAAUGUCCCGAAUGGCAGCAGCCGUUCAGACCAGCCAGCACCGGUGCAUCAGCUGCUGCCAUCCGCAAGUGCCAUCUCAAACAAAGAGGCGAGCAGUGGCUCCGGCUGGGGUGAGCCCUGGGGGGAGCCUUCUACUCCAGCCACAACUGUGGAUAAUGGUACUUCAGCAUGGGGGAAACCCAUAGACAGUGGUCCCAGCUGGGGGGAGCCCAUUGCUGCGGCAUCCAGCACGUCCACGUGGGGCUCCAGCUCUGUUGGUCCACAAGCAUUAAGCAAAUCUGGGCCAAAAUCUAUGCAAGAUGGCUGGUGUGGUGAUGAUAUGCCGCUGCCUGGAAAUCGCCCCACUGGCUGGGAAGAGGAAGAGGAUGUCGAGAUUGGAAUGUGGAAUAGUAAUUCAUCUCAAGAGCUCAACUCAUCUUUAAAUUGGCCACCAUAUACAAAGAAAAUAUCAUCGAAGGGUCUGAGUGGCAAAAAAAGGAGAAGGGAAAGGGGAAUGAUGAAAGGUGGAAACAAACAAGACGACGCAUGGAUAAAUCCGUUUGUUAAACAGUUUUCAAAUAUCAGUUUUUCGAGAGACUCACCAGAAGAAAAUGUACAGAGCAAUAAGAUGGACCUUUCUGGAGGAAUGUUACAAGACAAACGAAUGGAGAUAGAUAAACAUAGCCUAAAUAUUGGUGAUUACAAUCGAACGGUCGGGAAAGGCCCUGGUUCUCGGCCUCAGAUUUCCAAAGAGUCUUCCAUGGAGCGCAGUCCUUAUUUUGAUAAGGAUGGCAUUGUAGCAGAUGAACCCCAAAACAUGCAGUUUAUGUCCAGUCAAAGCAUGAAGCUCCCCCCUUCAAAUAGUGCACUACCUAACCAGGCCCUUGGCUCCAUAGCAGGGCUGGGUAUGCAAAACUUGAAUUCUGUUAGACAGAAUGGCAAUCCCAGUAUGUUUGGUGUUGGAAACACAGCAGCACAACCCCGGGGCAUGCAGCAGCCUCCAGCACAACCUCUUAGUUCAUCUCAGCCUAAUCUCCGUGCUCAAGUGCCUCCUCCAUUACUCUCCCCUCAGGUUCCAGUUUCAUUGCUGAAGUAUGCACCAAACAACGGUGGCCUGAAUCCGCUCUUUGGCCCUCAGCAGGUAGCCAUGCUGAACCAGCUAUCCCAACUAAACCAGCUUUCUCAAAUCUCCCAGUUACAGCGAUUGUUAGCACAGCAGCAAAGGGCGCAGAGUCAGAGAAGCGUGCCUUCUGGUAACCGGCAGCAGCAAGACCAGCAGGGUCGGCCUCUUAGCGUGCAGCAACAAAUGAUGCAGCAGUCUCGUCAGCUUGACCCAAACCUGCUGGUGAAACAACAGACCCCGCCAUCACAGCAGCAGUCACUCCAUCAGCCAGCCAUGAAGUCUUUCCUGGACAACGUCAUGCCCCACACUACACCUGAGCUGCAAAAAGGGCCAUCACCAAUAAAUGCUUUCAGCAACUUCCCUAUAGGCUUGAACUCAAACUUGAAUGUAAAUAUGGAUAUGAACAGUAUUAAAGAGCCACAGUCACGACUAAGGAAGUGGACGACAGUGGACAGCAUUUCUGUGAACACAUCUUUGGAUCAAAACUCCAGCAAACAUGGUGCUAUUUCAAGUGGUUUCCGGCUGGAAGAGUCUCCGUUUGUUCCCUACGACUUUAUGAACAGCAGUACUUCACCAGCCAGUCCUCCAGGUUCAAUAGGAGAUGGCUGGCCCCGUGCCAAAUCGCCUAAUGGCUCUAGCAGUGUUAACUGGCCACCAGAAUUUCGCCCUGGUGAACCAUGGAAAGGUUAUCCAAACAUUGACCCCGAAACUGACCCUUACGUCACUCCUGGCAGUGUCAUAAACAAUCUUUCAAUUAAUACUGUGCGGGAAGUUGACCACCUCAGGGACAGGAACAGUGGGUCGUCCUCAUCCUUGAACACCACGCUGCCUUCAACUAGUGCCUGGUCAUCCAUUCGUGCCUCCAACUACAACGUUCCCCUCAGCAGUACAGCACAAAGCACUUCAGCCAGAAAUAGUGAUUCCAAAUUGACGUGGUCUCCUGGUUCAGUUACAAACACCUCUCUGGCUCAUGAGCUGUGGAAAGUCCCUUUGCCACCUAAAAACAUCACUGCUCCGUCCCGCCCACCACCGGGACUGACUGGUCAGAAGCCGCCCUUGUCUACGUGGGAUAAUUCUCCCCUUCGUGUAGGAGGAGGAUGGGGAAAUUCUGACGCCAGAUACACCCCAGGUUCCAGCUGGGGUGAGAGCAGCUCAGGGAGAAUAACAAAUUGGCUUGUUCUAAAAAACCUUACACCUCAGAUUGAUGGCUCAACUCUGCGCACCCUGUGCAUGCAGCAUGGCCCGCUGAUCACAUUCCACCUGAACCUCCCACAUGGAAAUGCCCUGGUCCGUUACAGUUCAAAGGAAGAGGUAGUGAAGGCACAAAAGUCUCUGCACAUGUGUGUACUGGGGAACACGACUAUUCUUGCUGAGUUUGCCAGUGAAGAGGAGAUCAGUCGUUUCUUUGCACAAAGUCAGUCUCUGACCCCUUCUCCUGGCUGGCAGUCUCUCGGGUCCAGCCAGAGCCGGCUGGGCUCCCUCGACUGUUCCCACUCCUUCUCCAGCCGGACCGAUCUCAAUCACUGGAAUGGUGCUGGGCUGUCGGGAACUAACUGUGGAGACCUUCACGGCACUUCACUCUGGGGGACCCCCCAUUAUUCCACAAGCCUGUGGGGUCCUCCAAGCAGCAGCGACCCCCGAGGAAUUAGCAGCCCAUCCCCCAUUAAUGCUUUUCUUUCUGUUGACCACCUGGGUGGGGGUGGAGAGUCCAUGUAAGGUGUAGAUGUAGACUCAAACUGUGACCUCAAGAUGCGCAAGAAAGGAGCACUAAGAAGUUGGGCUCGCCGCCUGCAGCCGGGGCCACCUGUGGGAACAGCUACUCUCUGCACAUUUUCCACUUUGUUUUCCCCAAAACAUAUCAGUUUGAAUACUUGAAUCAUGCAGGCCAAUAUUAUAAUGUGAAAAGGUAUCUAUCUAUUUACACUCCCAAAUAGCGCCAUACCUGCUAAGCCGUAUCGGAUGAGCUCACUUGUGUGUAUUCAUCAUGUUUAAGCCUUUGGAUUCUUUCUUCCUCCUCUCCCUCCUCCCCUCCUCCCCACCACCCCCCGCCCCCUUUCUUCUUUUAUCUGUUUCAGUUUCUUUGCAAAACCAUGUUUUGGGCUGAUAAUGUAUGAGCUUUUACCUUUGCACUGAAUGUUGUUCUCUCGUCUAGUCGGCAGUAUGGGGGCAGCUGUUCCGGUGUAAAUGUUUACUCAAGGACGUCCUGCAGAGGUGUGCGCUCUCAAGUAUGCCUUGACCUUAUUGUGGUAUCGUGGAGUUUAAAAGAUCAAGUUAUGAUACUGACUUAGCAUUUAUUAAUGAAAGUGUUGCACCAGUUUUUUUUUUCAUGUAAAACUAAAGAAUUUUCGCUCUGCAGUUUGAAAAACUGUGGCCACAGCUGUGACUCGCAGCCCACCUGCCACCCAGGACGGGCCCUGCACUUUGAAUAGGCUUUUCCAUUUUGUUUUGAAGGUUCCCACGGUGAAUCUUCUUGUUUACAGAUUUUUUUGUUUGUUUUUGAGAAGAAGAAAAAUGUUUACUCUUCCAUCAUUUAAAAAAAUUUUAAAAGACAAAAAAAAAAUGGAGGAUGAUUUAAAAGAUGCUUUCUAUCUCUGGGACAAAAGGAGCAGCAUUUGGCCAUGUUCUUUUGUUUUCUAUUCCUGUCCUGAAUCAAAGAGCGUGGUUCUCAGGAAAACCAGUUCCCCAGUUAAAAAAAAAAAAAAAAAAGACAAAAAAAAACCCUCCUUGUAGUUUCUUAUAGGAAAAAAAAAAAGGAAAACCCCAACUUUUAGCACUGAUACUACAUAUAGCUCUGUUAAAGAAUUUUCUCUGCCAAAAAAAAAAAAAAAGACAAAAAAAAAAGCCAGGAAAAAAAAAAUGCUUAAAGCUGGAGUUUGACAUUCUGCUUUCCGAUGCUGUCUUUUUAUUAGUGAGUGAUGAUGGUUUGCUAAUAAUCGGUAGAUGAUCAUUUUUGUAACCCCAUCAAGUGGCUCUCUGUUUCUGCUCUCUCGUGACUGUGUUCCUGUCCAACUGUUGUUCCUUAAAGCCGAAAUCAGUAACUAUGCAUACUGUAACCAAGGUAUUGGGCUUACAGAGUUGUUUGUUGUAUAAAGAAAAUUUUAAAUGUUGUUGCAAAACUAACGAGUUACACCAUUUUUAAAUUUCUCCCCCGCCCCCAUUUUUUGCCCACAAAUGGUAUUAUAAUGCUUGCUUAGUCAAAGAAGAGAGACUAAACAAGGGUAAAAAUUUUAACAGUACACAAUUUGCCAUCAUUUCAUUGCCUUGAUUCUAACUGUUUGUGUCCUAAGAUGCAAAAGAAGUCAGUGGCUUUUAACUGUUUACAAAUAGAAUGUGAUUGUAAAAUGUACAGUUUGGUUGUGUUUGAAUUAUGAAAUUUCUUCAGAUAUAAUAAACCAUGACUUUUUUGGCUGCUCAACAUUAAUUGUCUCUUUUUUGUGAAUUUAUUUGUAGGCUCUUUUUUAUAAUGAAAGUUUCAAAGUUGCUAUAUGUAUGAGGGUUCUCAUAGAGCAACCGAUUUAAAAAAAAAAAUCUAAGCAAAUAUUUGAACCUUUUAUCUGAACUUCUCCACCAUUUCACCCUGAAACAAUGUGAGGACAAUGGGAAACUGUAGCUUGCUCCUCCCUACCCCCUGAGCCUCUCUGGCAUCUGGUUGCUCAAAACUCUCCUGUGACUCCAUAUCCCCACCAUUUGUGCCCAUCUCAAGCCUCAGCAAGAGACCAUUUGGAACAUGAAGCUUAAUGACUUGACAGUGUACUAGUGUUAAACUCUCAUACCUCUGUUACGACACGCGGAAUGCCACAGCCUGGACUGGCCUUCUCUCCCCCCACGGCCCUCGCCUCUCGCUGCAGAGGCUCCCGGGUCACCCAACCUGUGUGUGUACUUCAGUGUACGGCUUCCGGUCACGCCCCAACUGGCCAGGUGUAAGCUAAUGUUGUUGGACACCUUCACUCAUAGAAGCAAAAUGUUGUUCACUGCAUACAAUGUAUAUUGACUUCCGUACUGGUUUUUCCAAAAACCAAAGGUAGCUUUGAAAAACCAUGUCUGGAGAUGUUUGGAACGUUAAGCUUGAUUGACCUUUUGGGGCUUCGAGUAGUAUAUAAUUGACUUCAUGACUGCGUUAAUUGUAUUGUUAAAAGUGUUUGGGAGUUUUUUGCGCUUGUUAACGUGGAAAUAAAAGGUGUUUGAUUAAA